AUGACGCGGGAGGAGCCAGGCAGGGAGGAGCUGGCUUACGACCGGACCCCCACCCUGGAGCGCGGCCGGCCAGACGCGGGGGGCUACGUGCCGGGCCCCAAGCCCAGCGACCUUCAGCUGUCCACGCGGCUGCCCCGGUGCCUCAGCCACAGGACAUGGGUCUUCUCCGUGCUGAUGGGGAGCUGCCUGCUCGUGACCUCGGGGUUCUCGCUCUACCUGGGCAACGUGUUUCCCUCGGAGAUGGACUAUCUCCGCUGCGCUGCAGGCUCGUGCGUCCCCUCCGCGAUCGUGAGCUUCGCCGUCUCCAGGAGGAACGUCCACGCUAUUCCUGACUUCCAGAUCCUGUUCGUGUCGGCCUUCGCCAUCACCACCACCUGUCUGAUCUGGUUCGGGUGCAAGCUCGUCCUGAGCCCGUCGGCCAUAGACAUCAACUUCAACCUGAUCCUGCUGCUCCUGCUGGAGCUCCUCAUGGCGGCCACAGUGAUCCUGUCUGCCCGGUCCAGCGAGGCACACGGCAAGCUGAGAAGGGGCUGCGUCCCUGAAAGCACCCACCCCCUGGACGAGGCGGCCUUCCCGGCCCGGGCCCUCAAGUCCUACUCGGUCAUCGAGGUGAUUGCCGGCGUCUCGGCCGUCCUGGGUGGCGUUAUCGCUCUGAACGUGGACGAGUCCGCCUCGGGCCCGCACGGCUCAGUGACCUUCUUCUGGAUCCUGGUGGCGUGCUUCCCGAGUGCCGUGGCCGGCCACGUGGCGGCAGAGUGCCCCAGCAGGUGCCUGGUGGAGGUGCUCAUCGCUGUCAGCAGCCUCACAGCCCCCCUGCUGUUCACGGCCGCCGGGUACCUGUCCUUCAGCGUGAUGAGGGUCUUGGAGAUCUUCCGGGACUACCCGCCCUCCAUCAAGCAGUCCCAGGACGUGCUGCUGCUGCUGCUGCUGCUGGAGCUACUGCUGCAGGCCGGGCUCAACACGGCCACAGCCAUCCAGUGUGUGCACUUCAAGGUGGGCACGGCCUGGGGCGCCCCGCCGGCUGACACGCAGGAGCGCCCGGCUGGCCAGCUGCCAGGCCAGGGGGCCAGAAGCCCCCUGAAGGAGUUUGACAAGGAGAAAGCCUGGAGAGCCGUCGUGGUGCAGAUGGCACAGUGA